AUGAGAUCCAGUUCCUCUUUGCCUACCGGUAGAGUUGCCGUGAACUCGAUACGACACGCCUAUAAGUCUGUCCAGCAAAUUGCCAAGGCUCUACGCCUGGAUGAGCAGGAUGAAGAUCCGAAAGCCUUUUACGCCAAGAUCAUCGUUUACUGCACCAUAAUAGAGAGCCGACUGAUCGCAGUUGGAGAAAGCGCUGUUUCAUCAUUGGGUGACUCUUCCCAUGUUAUUCUAGACCCCCUGAGGCGAAUGUCUACGACAUGUCUGGAUGGAUCGUCUAAUGUCUCACUUGAUAUUUGGUUACGCGAACUGAAACUGGUUCAGAAUAAGAUACGAACUGUCAGAGAUAACAGCACAAAGAUCAGUAUUAUUGGUACGCAGUUGAUUUUUGGAACGACACAGGGCGAACGUUCUAAGAUUGUAACAUCACUUGACCGAUGCGAAGAAGAGCUACGUGUCAGAUAUCCUGAAGACUUAUCUCAAUGGGCUACGGAAGAUCUAGGUCCCCAGCUGAGUAUCGCGGAACCAACCUAUGCCGUCCGAAAUGCUGCACAGUCAAUUUUCGAGGCUAUAGUGGCAUGUAACGAUUGCCCAUGCAAACCAGCCCACGGUUUAAGUGCUCGCUUAUGCCUUGGCACCUAUAGGAGGCCAGAAUUUGAGUCAGAUACGGACCUAGACGAUGUCGAUUUCGACAUGUUCCUUUCUUCGCGAGAGGACUGGCAAGAGGUUAUCAUCCAUACAACCAAAGAUAAGCAAGUCAGGAUGGUAGUCAACGAGGAACCUGCGUUAUCAGCCAAGGUCAAAUGUUCGCCAGCUACGAGGACCAUGAAGGUAAAGAGCAUAUGCGAACAGAUUACAAAGAUUAGCUCGAAAACGUCGUAUCGUCUCGUGUUUAAGAUCAUCCGAAAUCAGCUUUACAAACUUCAAUCAGAAAGGAGAUGCGGCCACGACUACAAGUCACAGAAUGCCGUAUCUUUGGAUGAGUUCCUCAGAACUAGGUCUGGCUCAUUUACAGAGAAGACGAAAAGGAUACUGGCUGUCAUUCUAAGUUCUGCUGUAUUUCACCUUCAUAAUACACCCUGGUUACAACCCGCUUGGAACUCAUCCGAUGUUUGGUUCUUCCGUACGGCGUCAUCAAUCAUACCGCUGAAACCGUUUAUACACCGGCCACUCUCAAACAUUGACCACGCUGCGAAAGAUUGCCGCUCAGUUCAAGAGGUGUGCCAAGGGGGAAGUAUCGACAAAGAUGAUAUGGACCCAGAUGAUAUGGACCCAGAUGAUGUUUUGGGGCAUAACUGCCCGGCGCUCAUUGUUCUCGCAACAAUGCUUCUGGAGAUAUACUUUGUGGCUCCUUUUGACAUUCUAGCUCAAAGGUAUAACGUCGUCCUGGAUUCUGGGUCGCAGUCCACCUCCUUCUCACGAUAUAUGGAUGUCAACUGUGUAUUCCAAGCCUGUCGGAAGGAAAUUCCAGAGAACUCUCAAUUCUACCUGGCUGUAGAGAACUGCCUGGAUCCAAAUGUGUGGCAAGAUGAAGAUGGCAAUAUCCUUGACGACCUGACGUUGAGAUCCAAAAUCUACAGCGAAGUGGUUCUGCCUUUGGAAACGGAACUCAGUCAAGCUUAUGGCGAUAUCCAUAUCCAAGAUCUCGACCGAUUUGCACAGAAUGUGGAUUUCGGCAGUUGGGGGCAACUUUCACAAGCGUGGGAACGACAAAGUCACGCUGAGGUUUUACAGUCAACUGAUCAAGUAUCUGGCCCCAUUGACAGCUAUCACCGAAAGUCACAGGGGUUACGGUUGCACCUUGAAACCAGAGAUACCGAGACUCGAGCCGGAAUGGCUCAGCAGAACUCCCCGCCAAAUAAGCGACGAUUCAGUCGCUCUCCCAGUGGUGCCGAAACUGAAAGUCUGUCAUCACAACUACCGUUGUUAGCAGAUGCACAGGCGUACACCCGAUCAUCAUAUACGGUUGGCAUUCUCUGCGCGCUACCUCUUGAGCUCCUCGCGGUGCGAGCGUUGUUCGAUGCUAAGCAUUGCAAUCCUAAGUACGUGAGAGGAGACAGUAACACAUAUGCGCUCGGUACAAUAAGUGGACACAUGGUAGUGGCAGCUUGUCUCCCAUCGGGUGAGUAUGGGACAAAUGCUGCUGCUGAGUCGGCCUCGAAUAUGAAGCGAACGUUUUUCAAUGUCGAGUUCUGCCUUCUCGUUGGCAUCGGAGGCGGUGCUCCUACGCAGGAGAAUGAUGUACGGUUGGGUGACGUGGUUGUGAGCUUACCAACGACUAAGUAUCCAGGAGUCAUCCAGUAUGAUCGUGGCAAGGAGAUUGAGGGUAACACUUUCGAACUCACUGGCAGUCUUCACCCACCUCCCCGAUCUUCCUUCCAACGCGCUUCAAUCUUCACUUGA